AUGGGGAGGGGGGGGGCGGUUAGGGCGAGGAACGGCCCGAGAGGAGAAGGGGGGGCGGGGGCGGGUCCGUGUAGGUCUUUCGUGGAAGCGGAAAAGGUUAAGGGGUUUGCCAGAUCGCGGGGGCCCUUCCGACGGUCGGCGACCCGUCUCGCCUCCACAGCCGGGGCGGAGACCACAUCCACGAUCUCCACCAGCUCCGGCCCCCCGACGGACGCCGCCUCCUCCCUGGAGUUCAACUCCGAGGAGGCCUACCACGACCACCUCGAGGGGCAAGGCAAGCUCCCGCUGGGGUUCCGGGUGGGCACCGACGGGCUCCGCUUCGUGCCCAAGGAGGUCCCGACGGAGCCAUCCGACAGAUGGGCCGCCGUUUUCACCCGCAACAUGUUUCCGGGCGCGCCCGUGAUCGUCGGGAAGGAGCGACUAGCCGCCGAGGGCAGGGCUAUUCAGGCGGUUGUGGUCAACAACAAGAUCUCCAACGUGUGUCCAGGAGGCGAUGGCGAGGGAGGCGGCGCCAGUGCAGGGGUUGCUGACUCGGAGAGCAUCUGCCAGCGCGCGGCGGAGGUGUUCGGGCUGGAGGGCGGCGCGGGGGCGGUGAUCCCGUGCUCAACGGGCGUGAUUGGUUGGCGCCUUCCCGUGGACGCGAUCUGCGACCACCUGGCUCCCGUGAAAGCCAAGAUGCAAUCAGCUUCCCUGUAUCCGGCGUGCAAAUCGAUCAUGACGACAGACCGGUAUCCAAAGAUGAGGGGCACAGAGGUGGGAUCAAACGGGGGCCGGCUGGUGGGAAUCGCCAAGGGUGCCGGCAUGAUCGAGCCCGACAUGGCGACGAUGCUCGUGUACCUCGUCACAGACCUGCAGAUACCCCGUGAGAAGAUGAGGGAGCUCCUGUCGAAGAAAUCUGACGCUUCGUUCAACUGCAUCAGCAUCGACAGCGACACUUCCACUUCGGACACGGUACUACUCCUGUCGUCGGGGAAGGUGCCCCUGGCGGAGGGCGACCUGGAAGACUUCGAGGAGAAGCUGGAAGCUGUGUGCGACGGUCUGGCGGAGGACGUCGUCAGGAACGGGGAGGGCACCGCCCACGUCAUGCAGGGCCAUGUCACCGGCGCACCCACGUCAGCGCUGGCGCGAAAACUUGGCAAGGGGGUCGUGAACUCCCCCCUCUUCAAGGGGGCGGGGGGCGGGAACGACCCCAACGUCGGCCGUCUUCUGGCGGUGGUGGGGAGGGUGAUGGGGAAAAAAUCCCCCGACACGGACGUUAGCAACACGAGGAUAUCUCUGGGGGGCCACGUGGUCUUCGAGGACAACACUUUCGCCAUCAGCCCCGAGAUGGAGACGGAGCUUUUCGACCUUUUCAAGUUGCCAUGUCUAUCUUUUCCGAGACUUGGGACAAUUUCUACUACUACUAUUCUGUGUGGUAUUUAGCAUAGGACCAGUAGCCGCGGUGGUUGGUAGUAGGCAGGUAUAGUAGGGGGGAGGGUCGUUUUUUGUCCGCCACGCUCGCUCUCUCGCGCGCGCUUUUGGCGAGGCAAUGUCGCGCAGAAAGCAAGCCUUAUUCGGGAGGGAGACAGAAAGAGUGUUGUAGGAACCUUUAAGCUAGUCAGUCGUUUGUCUUCCCCAGGGGUGUUGUACCUCUAGUGGGCCAUGUGCCUCUAUUGGGUCAUGUACCUCUAUUGGACCAUGUACCUCUAAUGGGCCAUCUGCGCUAUUGGGUGGUGUGCCCUCGCCAUCAAUCGCAGUUUCAUCCACGCGGCCGGAUUCUCUUCACCCACGAUUGUGAUGAGGUCGUCGUGGGGGACAUCGAGUAGAUUAUGUUGUGGUCUUAGGUUGCUCAAUAAGCUUUUUAGUCGUUUCCUUUGUUCUCGUGAGAACCGUCCAUUGUCUAAAUUUAGGUCUGUUUGUUUGAUCGGUGUUAGAUGUGGUGUAGCGUGGCGGUUGAUGUUCAUUUUGUUGGGCUUUUUUUUGUGUAAUAUAGGUCUUGGAUGGAUGUCGCGUCAUGUAGCACCUGGUAAGUUCGGGCACGACCGAAUCCCACACCCCUCAAAGGAAUGCGGCGGGCUUUGGGAGAUGUCGGCGCGUACCAGCAGUGGUUGGUGCGAUUUUCGCCUCGAAAGAAAGGGCUGUGCCCCACACCUGACCGGACCACAGCGAGGACGGUGUUGCUUUGCAACCUCUCGGAGGCGUCGAACCUUCCUUGUCAAAUGGAUGCCAUUCAUUGGGUGGUGAAAUGGAAUUAAGGCUAAGUAUGC